AUGGGGCCAUACCAUCCAAGAUCUAAUGGACAAGCAGAAUGCUUUGUCGAUAUAUUCAAGAGUGCCCUAAGAAAGCCGAAUAAGGAAGUCACAGAUGAGGUAGCUUUUCAAUCAUUCUUAAGAGUAUACCAUGUGACACCAAAUCCAAAUACACCAGCAGGAUUGUCACCAGCAAAGCUGAUGUUUGUGAGGAAAAUAAAAUCAGUCUUCAACAAAUUGCUACCUGGCAAGAAAAGAAUAAUUGCAAUGGAAAAUACAGCAAGAUAUUUCAAAAUAGGUGCAAAGAGAUUUGUGCAGCAGGGAACCAAUGUUGAAUGCUAUGAAAGUGGUGGUAGAGGUGAUGGUCACAUGGGAGAGUAG